AUGCCUCCGGCUUCCCGCCUCCUGGCCAUCCUCUCCUCCCGGCCGCCUCCGCCGCCGUGCCGCCUCCUGCAGCUACACGCGCACCUCCUCACCGCCGGUCUCAUCUCCUCCCCAUCUCCAUUCCCCUUCGCCGCCCGCCUCGUCGCGGCGUUCGCCCACUCCGACGACCCGCGCCACCUCCUCCACGCUCUCGCCCUGCUCGCCUCACUACCCUCCCCGCCGGACUCCUCCUCCCCCUACAACGCCGCACUCCGCGCCCUUUCCCUCUGCACGCACCGCGGCCUCAUCGCGCGCUGCCUCCCGCUCUACCGCUCCCUCCUCCUCUCCGCCGCCCGGCCGGACCACCUCACUUUCCCCUUCCUGCUCAAGGCGUGCGCGCGCCUGCAGGACAGGAGCUGCGGCAACGCUGUUCUUGGGCAUGUCUUCAGGCUCGGCUUCCACGCCGACGUCUUCGUUCUGAACGCAGCGAUGCACUUCCUGGCGGUCUGCGCCUCCAUGGCGGAAGCACGCAGGCUGUUCGACCAGAGUCACGUGAGGGAUCUGGUGUCGUGGAACACGCUAAUCGGUGGCUAUGUGCGGAGGGGCGUACCCGCGGAGGCCCUGGAGCUGUUCUGGAGGAUGGCGGCAGAGGACGGGGAAGUGAGGCCCGAUGAGGUAACGAUGAUCGGGGUUGUGUCAGGGUGCGGGCAGCUGCGGGACCUGGAGCUCGGGAGAAGGCUCCAUGGAUAUGUGGACAGUCACGGGGUCAGACGCACCGUGAGGAUGAUGAAUGUGCUAAUGGAUAUGUAUGUCAAGUGCGGCGACCUUGAGUGCGCCAAGGCUGUGUUUGAGAGGAUCGGCAGCAAAACAGUUGUUUCGUGGACGACAAUGAUUGUUGGCUACGCAAAGUUCGGGAUGAUGGAAGAUGCGCGGAGGGUGUUUGAUGAGAUGCCUGAAAGGGACGCUUUCCCGUGGAAUGCGCUGAUGGCCGGCUAUGUGCAGUGUAAGCAGGGGAAGGACGCUCUCAGAUUGUUUCACGAGAUGCAGGAAGCAAAGGUGGAUCCUGAUGAGAUCACUAUGGUCAAUCUCUUGUCAGCUUGCUCGCAGCUUGGAGCAUUGGAGACGGGUAUGUGGGUUCACCAUUUCGUCGACCGGAACCGGCUCUCGCUUAGUGUUGCACUAGGCACGAGUCUAGUUGAUAUGUAUGCCAAGUGUGGGAAUAUCGACAAGGCGAUCCACGUCUUCAAAGAAAUACCGCAGAAAAAUGCGCUCACAUGGACAGCAAUGAUAUGCGGUCUCGCGAAUCACGGACAUGCUCGUGAGGCCAUAGAGUACUUCCGGAGAAUGAUAGAGCUUGGGUUGCAGCCUGAUGAGAUUACAUUUAUAGGGGUUCUGUCUGCAUGCUGUCAUGCUGGUCUGGUUAAAGAAGGCCGGCAUUUCUUCUCCCUGCUAGUCUCAAAGUAUCACCUCGAGAGGAAAAUGAAGCAUUAUUCAUGUAUGAUAGAUUUGCUAGGUAGAGCAGGUCAUUUAGACGAAGCAGAAAAUCUAGUAAAUACCAUGCCGAUGGAGCCUGACGCAGUAGUUUGGGGUGCUAUCUUCUUUGCUUGCAGGAUGCAUGGUAAUAUUAGUCUGGGUGAAAGGGCAGCUAUGAAAUUAGUAGAGCUUGACCCGAGUGAUAGUGGAAUUUAUGUGCUACUGGCUAACAUGUACGCAGAGGCAAACAUGAGGAAGAAGGCUGAUAAAGUGAGGGCGAUGAUGAGGCACUUGGGAGUGGAAAAAGUUCCUGGCUGUAGUUGCAUCGAGCUAAAUGGCGUGGUUCAUGAAUUUAUGGUGAAGGACAAGUCACAUACAGAUACUAAUGCUAUCUAUGACUGCUUGCAUGAAAUCGCACUACAAAUAAGGCAUACUGCAACCAUGAUUGACAUUUAUGCAACUGGCUGAGCACUGCAGAUGUGAUACGUUUGAUUAUUUUGCACAACUCAAUCAUGUGGUGUUAUGCCGGGCAAUGCCCUAUGAAGGAGUUCCUGAUGUUGUCAAACAUCUGGCCAUUACCUCAACAUUUUGGUCCUUUUCUUAAGUCGAUGAAAAUAACAAUGCUGCAUCAGAUGCUCAUGGGAGUAUCUGAAAUCAGAAGCACUGCGCCGUUCAAGCAGAAAAAAAAAACUUGUCACAUUUUGAAUUGGUGCUCAGUUACCUUCGUUCUUAUUUCUGUACCAGUCCUGUAUAUUCUAGAAGGCUGAUAAGGAGACCAGCAAGAAGACCCGUCUGUAAAGUCUUCAACUGCGUUCCAGUUGGACAGCGACUUCAUUGAUUUCCUUAAGUAGCCCUUGACCUCCUUUCGGCUUGACUGCCUGAAAAUGUUUCCCUGAAGCUAUCAACUGCAUCGUCAUCCUGCAUAUGAUGUAGAACGUCAAGGAAAUGAAGGCAGCGGACAUACAAGAGAUGGAAGUGUAAACAAAGGAAGAACAUAAAAUGCGCGCAAGUGCAUACCAAUGCUUUGAACAAAGGCACAGGUUUCCCUAUCCUGUGGUUUGAUGGUAUGAGAUCCCAAGGCGUUUUUGCCUUGUUACUAUCCCCUCUUUCAUCAGAGAAUGAAAUAUGCUCUUCCGGACAGAGAUUCAGCUGUCGCAAGACCUGAGUCAGAGAACAAGCCAUUUUUUAGAUACAAUGAAACAUGCCUGAAUGCAAGUAAUUCAAAGGUUGAUAACAAACAUCUUUUGAGAAGGACGGCAUGAAAGGCUCUAGCAAACAAGCAAGAAGAAAACCAGAGACAAUUCUCGUGUAAGGAAAAUGAUGCAGAAUAAGAAUAAAAUCACUAAAAUGAUACCAGAGCUUACUUGUAGGUAAGCAUUUCCCUCACUGGAGAUGGCCAUUGCAAUCUUCAGCCCUUGUUUUAGUUUUACCUGUUAAUGGCAGCGUUGAUACCACAUAAAUGCUUCAGAUCUAUAGCAGUUCAUAUUCAGAUAUAUUUACUAGUACAAUUAAGAGUUGAUAUAUUUCAAAUCAAUGCAGUACCUUGUCCAUUGCAUCAAUAUACUGCUCAACCAAUUUACCAAUGGUUUCUGCUAAUGACUUACUCAAUGAAUGCUUAUCCGCAUUAGGUGCUUCAGGUACUAUGGAACCAUAUCCAGUCCCUGCAGGAACAGUUGGCAGCUUUAUCACCAUGACCAUUGACAAAAAAUGGACUAUCUGAUGAACAUGCACGUCACAAAAGAAUUCUGAAAGUAAUAAAGAUAUCGUGCUGAAGGUAGUAAGGAGAGUCCUAGUCAACUAACCCUCUGGUUUUGCAAUAAAGCUUAGGACUCGAUUGAUGAAGUUACCCAAAUUGUUUAUCAGCUCAUUAUUAUACUUAGUCUGCAAACCUAGCCAUGUGAACAAUGCAUCUGAUGCCUGAAAGUUAAAGAAAUAGAUCAAAACCAACAAUCUUAUAGGCAUAGAGAUUUAAUAAUUUAGACAAUUCGAUUCAUCUGAAAACCAACCUCAGGACGGUUACUAAGCAAGUAGUAUCGCCACACAUCAGCAGGAAUAUUUGUGGCUUUUGCAUCAUUGCCAAAGACUCCAAUUCCCCUAGUUUUGGAGAACUUUCCUGUUCAUUAAUACAAGGUUGAUAUAAAAGGAUGUCCACGUGGCUAAUAGGAAAAUAAAAGGCAUUCAAAUCCAAAUCCUUAGGAUUCAGUUCAAAUUUGAACCCUAACAUCCAUGCAUAUCCUAACAAGUCAGGCACUCCAGGCAAGGAAAUAAUGGCCUGAAACGGGAAAACACAAAACUCGAGCAGUACCUGUUUCAUAGUUGAGAUACUCAGUCACACUAAUAGUUUUCAUCAGAGUCCAAUUUUCGCCAGUUCCAAGUAGCGCAGAGGGAAACAUGACCUGCAAAAUUUGUACAUGCAGCACAGUUUAUUUGAAAAUAUAAGGCAAGAAUCGUAGGUGUCAAACUGUAUGCACUUGCACGCAGAAUAUAUUCAACCCUCAUUGCAGGCGGAAUAUUGUAUGUUGGACACCCCUACUCCGAGUUGGCAAAAGAAUCUCACCGUAUGGAAUGGUACGUUAUCUUUGCCCAUGAACUGGUAUAACUCGACAUUCUCUGGGUUCUUCCACCACUUCUCCCACUCAGGUGUGUAGCAUGCCGUGAUGGAAAUAUACCCUAUUGGUGCAUCAAACCAGACAUAGAACACCUAGACACAUUCACCAGAGUAACAAACAUUAACUCAAAAUCUGGAACUCUACAGGUUUUCCCAGUGAAACACUUGGUCAUCAAGUUGCAAACCUUAUCCUUGUACUUGUCAUGCGGGACAGGGACGCCCCAUUUCAAAUCCCUGGUUAUGCAGCGAGGUUUCAACCCUUCCUUCAACCAAGCAUCUGUGAUACGAAUUGCGUUCUGGCUCCAUGCUCCAGCUACAGAGGUCUCACCGAUGUACUUCUCCAGUUUCUCCCUCAGCAAGGGAAGCUCCAAGAACAGGUGAUCCGUAUCACGGACACACGGUGUACCAUCACAAACCUGAAGAAUGGUCCAAAUCGAUCACCCAAAAGAAAUGAAAUAUCAGUAUACCUGGUAAGAACAGUUGAAUAUGUAGAACUAGAGAAGCUCCUGCAUGCCUUGCACUUCGGAUCGAGCAGCUCAGUUGAGUUGAGCAAUCUGCCACAUUUGUCGCACUGAUCGCCCCUUGCAGAGUCGUUGUCGCAUCCCUCUACGGGGCAAGAGCCCACCACGAACCUAUCUGCUAAGAAUCUUUGGCACGAUUCGCAGUAGAGCUGCAACAGGUAAACAUAAUGUUUUGUUGUUGUUGUGAGGAACAGUUAGCUGCAACAUGUCUUAUGAGCGGCAAACAAGUACAGGAGGUGAACUUGUGACAACA